CCUCUCUUUCUUCUUCUUCUUCUUUAAUUUUCAGUUCAUUACCAAAGCCAGCUUUCAUCUCCGAAUGUCUUCUGCUUUUUCUUUCGCCACUGCCAUCGCCAUUAUCCUCGCCAUCGUUGAAGGCGUUUUUGGGGCUUCUUUUACGUUUAUUAACAGGUGUGACUACACAGUAUGGCCGGGGAUUCUUGCAAAUGCCGGUAGUGAAAGGUUGGAUAGUACCGGGUUCGAGCUCGGGCCAGGCGGGUCGCGGGAAUUCCACGCGCCGGCGAGUUGGUCGGGUCGGAUCUGGGGACGGACGGCGUGCACCUUCGACGAUAGCACCGGGCAGGGAAGCUGCGCCACCGGCGACUGCGGCUCCAACCAGGUAGAAUGCAACGGCGCCGGCGCGACGCCGCCGGCCACGCUAGCGGAGUUCACGAUCGGGUCGGGGGCCCAGGACUUCUAUGACGUCAGCCUGGUGGACGGGUACAACUUGCCAAUGCAAGUGGAGGCCGUGGGCGGGUCGGGCGCAUGCGGGUCGACCGGCUGCGCCAAGGACCUGAACCGGAUGUGCCCCGACGAGCUCCGGGCAGCGGACGGGCAGGCAUGCAAGAGCGCCUGCGAGGCGUUCGGGACGCCGGAAUACUGCUGCAGCGGCGCGUAUGGCUCACCGGCGACGUGUAAGCCGUCGAUGUACUCCGAGAUGUUCAAGAGCGCGUGCCCGCGGUCGUAUAGCUACGCCUACGAUGACGCCACCAGUACGUUUACGUGUAGCGGAGCGGAUUAUAGGAUUACAUUCUGCCCUUCAUUAACAAGCCGGAAAUCGUCGUUGUUGCCGUCGUUCAGCACAGGCGUGGGCGGAAAUAAUGAAGAUUCGGGUCCGCAGGACAGUAUGUUUUCGGGUCGGUCAUGGCUGCCGGGUUUCCUGACUGGGGAUUCGUCGAGAAUGACGUCACAAUUCGGCUUGCAUUCCAAGUCUCCGAUAACCUCAGCCAUUGCAUUUUUUAUUCUUCUUUUAAUUCACUUAUUACAAUUAUUUUUGUUAUAAUAAUAUAUCUAUCUAUAUUACUAUAUAUUCUCAUUUUAUUGGCUUUUCAAUUCCCCGGAUCGGACAUGCAUGCACAUGCAUUGCAGACUUGUACGUAGAUUAUACAUAAGACAUUCUAGUCCACAAGAAAGCAAAAUGAGUUAUAUACACAUUGUACAUACACUUCACACACACACUCUCUCUCUCUCUCUAUUUUUGUAUCCAAAAUAAACCAUAAAAAACAUUAAUUGUUUCA